AUGUCCGAAUACUGGAAGUCUACGCCCUCGUACUGGUGCAAGUUCUGCAGCCAGUAUGUGCGCGACACGAGCAUCGAGCGGAAGAACCACGAAGCAAGCGCCAAGCACCAGAACAACAUCCAGCGCAGUCUGCGAGAGCUGCACAAGAACAAGGAGCACGAGACGCGUGAUAAGCAGCGGGCAAAAGAUGAAGUGGCCAGACUCAACGGCAUGGUUGGCGGGAAAGCUGGCAGUGCGAAGAGUCCUGCGGCAGCGAGUGUUGUACCAGCGGCCAAAGGGCCUCGAACGACAGCACCGGCCAUGACUUCUGCCGCGCAACGCAAAGCACACGCGGAGCAGCUCGCAGCUCUGGGCGUGGAGUUGCCGGACGAGCUGAAGAAGGAGGUCGCAGGAGUUGGCAGCUACCAAGUUGUCAACGCGAGGUCGGUAGAGCCCGCAGAGGGUGGUUCUGUGAGCGUAAAUCGCUCGCUAGCAGAAAUCCUUGCAGAGGCGAAGCGAGAGGGGCAGGAUACCGACAACGAGUCAAAGUCUGCCGUGAAGACCGAAGAAAGUGUCGAGACGCUUGCAAAAGGCGUAUACAAGCGCAAGGCCGACAACGAGGACGACGAUAUUCGAGACGAGGAAGCUGCGCCGAAGAGGAGAGCAUGGGGCCGCAAUCUCAAGAAGUACCCCGGCAGUCACACGAACGACGACGACACAGGCGACCUGGAUGCACUCCUGAGUGGUGUAAAGAGGAAGCCUGACCACCCUAAAGCCUUGCCAAAGAACGAGAGCGAGGCUGUCAAGCAGGAAGAGGGCGAUGAUGGGAUGGAAAUGCUUCAGACCAUUCCGGAUGUCGAAAGAUCAGCAGGAGACGCACGCGAGAAGCAGUCUUCUGAAGCACCAACGACACCUGCUGUUGUGUUCAAGAAGAGGAAGGGCAAGAAGUAA